CACCUCUCUCUCUCCUUCUGUUCUCCACAACGCGCUCUCUCUCAAAUUCAAAUCCGGAUCCACAUCCACCGCUGUCGAUUUCGACUCCGAAUCCUCUCUCUCUCUCGCUCUAAAUUAUCUUAUCCGAAGAACUGUUUCGCUCUCUAGAAACAAUGAGGAAAGGAGCUAAGAGGAAGACGAGAGAGGCCAAACCAUCGUCGUCGCAAGAGAACCACAAAGAAACCAAAAAAGCCGCUUCUCGAGCCAAGCGGGUCAAGGCAUCCAAACCCGAGACAGAGCCUGAGUACUUUGAGGAUAAGCGGAACUUGGAAGAUUUAUGGAAGGAAGCAUUUCCUGUUGGGACAGAGUGGGAUCAAUUGGACUCGGUCUACCAGUUCAAUUGGAACUUCUCGAAUUUAGAAGAUGCAUUUAAAGAGGGUAAAAAGCUACAUGGGAAGAAAGUUUAUCUCUUUGGUUGUACAGAGCCUCAAUUGGUCCAUUUCAAGGGUGAAAGCAAAAUCGUAUGCAUACCUGUGGUAGUGGCUGUUGUAUCUCCUUUCCCCCCUUCAGAUAAGAUUGGGAUUAACUCUGUUCAAAGAGAGGCCGAAGAAAUAGUUCCGAUGAAACAAAUGAAAAUGGACUGGGUUCCAUACAUUCCCCUCGAAGAUAGAGACGUGCGAGUGGACAGGCUAAAAUCACAAAUAUUUAUUCUGAGCUGUACUCAGAGAAGGACUGCUCUGAAACAUUUGAAGAUAGACCGGCUUAAGAAAUAUGAGUACUGCCUGCCUUAUUUCUACCAACCACUCAAGGAAGAUGAGCUCGAACAGAGCACUGAGGUUCAAAUCAUUUAUCCAGCUGAGCCAAAACCGGUUUUCUGUGAAUUUGAUUGGGAGUUGGAUGAACUUGAGGAGUUCACUGAUAAUCUUAUCAAGGAGGAGGAAUUGUCUGAAGAUCAGAAAGAUGCUUUUAAGGAUUUUGUUAAAGAGAAAGUUCGUGAAGCAAAGAAAGCAAAUCGAGAGGCAAGAGAGGCCAGGAAGAAAGCCCUUCAAGAAAUGAGUGAGGAAACUAAGGCCGCAUAUGAAAAUAUGAGUUUUUAUAAGUUUUAUCCUGUAUCUACUCCAGAUUCACCUGAUGUAUCAACUGUUAAGUCUCCCUUUAUAAACAGGUACUAUGGGAAGGCUCAUGAGGUCCUGUGAUGGGUCAUUGAACUGUGCUGAGAUUAAAGGAUAGAUGUUACUAGCCCGCUUGGCUGUUGAAGGCAUCUUUUUAUGUCAAACAUGACAAUUGUUCGGAAGGCAUGCUCCUGCUGCUGCCCAUAUUCAUAUUUCCUUGAUCAUUCAUGGUGAGAAAGAUGCAAACUUACGGUUUCAUUAGAUUUAGAUGAAUUCAUUGCCGCUCUAGUUGCCAGAUAGAAUUUGUACAACACAAUGUUGAGGUGUGAUACCUUUGAGCUUCAGGUCCUUAAAUUUUCCUGUAGCUUGAAUUGUCUCUGUUCCCUUCAUCUCUUCAUUCUCUUGAGAAAGUUCUUAUCAAAGAACCUGAAUUUUUGUAUGAUCAGUUCAAUUUAGAGCAAAUGAAUGGCAAUAUUCGUUUAAAGUUAUACACUUAUAUGGUACGGUAAUACAAUUAUAUGUAA